AUGUAUCCAUGUAUUAUUGUAACUAUUGUCAAUAUCCGCAUGAUGCGAGGUCAGACAAAGAUUUUUCAAAACUUAAGCCAAUUUAUAUUUUCAGAUUUUAGACGCUUAAAAUUUGACUUUAAUCUAUUACAACAAAUCCUGUAUACAGAAUAUUUUGCAUUUUCACUCGCUCUGAUAAAAGUUCAAUACGCUUCACCUUUUGUGGCUGGCAUUUCAAUUUUAUCUGACUGCUGUAUGCACAUCUUUUUUAUGCUGAUGCCAUUGCUGUAG